UUUUAUGUCAUUACCACGUCUAGAGGAUGAAACUGUAACGCUCUACUUUCAUAAUUUGCUGUUCCCAGGGUUAGCAGCCGGGUACGUUCAACCCAAAGUUGUAAUUACACCGAGGACACAAAUCCCAGGUUCAAAACUCGCUGAAUGGGUUUCGUCAAGAGAUAGGACAUAUAUGAAAGGUAAAGUUACUUGCAGUUUUGCUCAGUUGACAACUGAAGCCUCCUCGAUAGAUGAGGAUAAAAAAACCAGGUGGCCUCUGGUAAAGAUGUGUGGAAUCACAUCACCUAGAGAUGCCGCCGCUGCCGCAGAAGCUGGUGCGGAUUUUAUUGGAAUGAUUCUAUGGCCAAACUCAAAGCGUUCCAUAUCACUUUCAACGGCCAAGGAGAUUUCAAAAGUCGCAAGAGAAUAUGGGGCUCUGCCAGUUGGUGUCUUUGUGGAUGAUGAUGCUGACACCAUACUAAAAGCUUCUGAUGCAACGAAUCUUGAAUAUGUUCAGCUUCAUGGGAACGGUUCUCGGGCAGCCUUUUCAGUUUUAGCCCAAGAGAAACAGAUAAUCUAUGUUCUCCAUGCACAUGAAGAAGGCCACCUUUUGAAUCAGAUUUCUGAUGGAGAAUCUUCUCUAGUUGAUUGGAUCCUGGUCGAUAGUGCCCAAGGUGGCAGUGGCGAAGGAUUUAAUUGGGGCCGGUUUAAGUUACCAGAAAUCAGAAGUAAGCAUGGGUGGCUCCUGGCUGGAGGGAUAAAUCCUGACAAUGUUUGUGAAGCUCUGACCACUCUCAAACCUCAUGGUGUCGAUGUUAGCAGUGGAAUUUGCGCUUCAGAUGGCAUCCAGAAGGAUUUGUUGCGGAUAUCCUCAUUCAUGAAAGCCGUAAAUUCCAUGCGUCGUUGAUUGAUGAGGACUAGGGCAAUAUAGAGCUCUUUGUCUACAGAUUUGGUCUUGAGACGUAUAGAUUUCAAUUUUUCCCUCUUUGGAACAUUUUCAUUCUCAAUGGAAAGUGCUCUGUUUCUAGUC